AUGAUCACGGGCACGGACUUCUACCACGUGAUGACGGCCAUGAUGCCGCUGUACGUCGCCAUGAUCCUGGCGUACGGCUCCGUGAGGUGGUGGCGCAUCUUCACGCCGGACCAGUGCUCGGGGAUCAACCGCUUCGUGGCGCUCUUCGCGGUGCCGCUUCUCUCGUUCCACUUCAUCUCCACCAACAACCCCUACACCAUGAACCUCCGGUUCAUCGCCGCCGACACGCUGCAGAAGCUGAUCGUGCUGGCGCUGCUCACCGCCUGGAGCUACCUCUCCCGGCGGGGCUGCCUGGAGUGGACCAUCACGCUCUUCUCCCUGUCCACGCUGCCCAACACGCUGGUGAUGGGCAUCCCGCUGCUCAAGGGCAUGUACGGCGACUUCUCCGGCAGCCUGAUGGUGCAGAUCGUGGUGCUCCAGUGCAUCAUCUGGUACACGCUGAUGCUCUUCAUGUUCGAGUACCGCGGCGCCAGGAUCCUCAUCACGGAGCAGUUCCCGGACACGGCGGGCGCCAUCGCGUCCAUCGUGGUGGACCCCGACGUGGUGUCGCUGGACGGGCGCAACGACGCCAUCGAGACGGAGGCCGAGGUGAAGGAGGACGGCAAGAUACACGUGACGGUGCGCCGCUCCAACGCGUCGCGCUCCGACAUCUACUCCCGGCGGUCCAUGGGGUUCUCCAGCACCACGCCGCGGCCCAGCAACCUGACCAACGCCGAGAUCUACUCGCUGCAGUCGUCGCGGAACCCCACGCCGCGGGGCUCCAGCUUCAACCACACCGACUUCUACUCCAUGGUCGGCCGCAGCUCCAACUUCGCCGCCGGGGACGCGUUCGGGCUGCGCACCGGCGCCACGCCCAGGCCGUCCAACUACGAGGAGGACGCUCAGGGCGGCAAGGCGGCGAACAAGUACGGCGGCCAGUACCCGGCGCCCAACCCGGCCAUGGCGGCGCAGCCCAUGCCCACCAAGGGUCUCAAGAAGGCGGCGGCCAAUGGGCAGGCCAAGGGCGAGGACGGCAAGGACCUGCACAUGUUCGUCUGGAGCUCCAGCGCGUCGCCCGUGUCCGACGUGUUCGGCAAUGGCGCCGCGGAGUACAACGACGCCGCCGCCGUCAAGGAGGUCCGCAUGGCUGUCGCCUCCCCGCGCAAAGUUGCGGCGGACGGGAGGAAGGAGCGGGGCGAGGACUUCACAGAGCGGGACGACUUCAGCUUCGGGAACAGGGGCGCGGCGGAGAGGGACGCGGAAGCCGGCGACGAGAAGGCGGCGGCGGUGCAGGGAAACACCGGCGGCGUGGCGGCGCCCGCGGCGAUGCCACCGACGAGCGUGAUGACGCGGCUCAUCCUCAUCAUGGUGUGGCGCAAGCUGAUCCGCAACCCCAACACCUACUCCAGCCUCAUCGGCCUCAUCUGGUCGCUCGUCUGCUUCAGGUGGAACUUCGAGAUGCCGGCGAUCAUCCUCAAGUCCAUCUCGAUCCUCUCCGACGCCGGGCUCGGCAUGGCCAUGUUCAGUCUCGGGCUGUUCAUGGCGCUGCAGCCACGGAUCAUCGCGUGCGGGAACAAGGUGGCCACGUUCGCCAUGGCCGUGCGGUUCCUGACCGGCCCGGCCGUCAUGGCCGCCGCCUCCCUGGCCGUCGGCCUCCGCGGCACGCUCCUCCAUGUCGCCAUCGUCCAGGCCGCGCUGCCGCAGGGCAUUGUCCCCUUCGUCUUCGCCAAGGAGUACGGCGUGCACCCUGACAUCCUCAGCACGGCAGUCAUCUUCGGCAUGCUCAUCGCGCUGCCCAUCACGCUAGUGUACUACAUCCUGAUGGGGCUGUGA